CUCUGCUUACCAGCAAGGCAUCUUCUCUUGCUUUGGGAGCACAGAGAGCCUUUCAUCAUGAGCUUCACUGGAAAGUACGAGCUCCAGUCCCAGGAAAAUUUUGAGCCUUUUAUGAAAGCCCUUGGGCUUCCCGAUGACCAGAUCCAGAAGGGCAAGGACAUGAAGAGCAUUUCAGAAAUCGUGCAGGAUGGGAAUAAGUUCAAGGUUACCGUCACCACUGGCUCCAAAGUGCUGAGCAAUGAGUUCACCAUCGGCGAGGAGUGUGAAAUGGAGCUGCUGACGGGAGAGAAAGCCAAGACUGUUGUUCACAUGGAGGGCAACAACAAGCUGGUUGCAACUCUGAAGGGGCUGAAAUCUGUCACCGAACUCAACGGAGACACCAUCACCCAUACAAUGACCAUGGGAGACCUCACCUGCAAGAGAAUCAGCAAGAGAAUCUAGAGACCCUCUGCACACCUAUCAUUUUACUGUGUAAAAUGUAUCCAUUAAAGUAAAAUUUAUAU